AAACUGACAAUACUGUCGUGCUGCUGUUUAUCUUUAUAGCGCUUUACCUGAACUCGUAGACUGUAUGGCUGAACUUUAAACUUCUUAAAUGUCGAUCUCCAGUUUACUUAUCACCAAGAAACUCGGGUGUCACAAUAUUUUAAUAGGACCGGCGACGUGAUUAGAAAAAGCCUGCUCAAACUCAAGCUGUUUGUGGAGUGUGAUGAUGGGUUUCUGGCAGCCACUGACUAACCUUAGAGAUUAUGUAUCUCAAAAUCCUCCAGGGGUGACAUUUUUCCUUUGUCUGUUGAGUCUGGCUAUCUCCUUCAUCUUCCUGGGCUCUUACAGCUACACUCACAUACUGCCUAACCCUGACACAACAAAGGACUGGAACCAUCUUCUGUCCUCCUUGUCACAGUUCCAGCUGUGUAUGAAAGACAGCAGAAAUUCAUCUGAGCUUGUCUCACCAGUCCCCUCUCCUCUGAUGGAGCAAGACAAUGAGACAAAUGAGCAAAACACUUCAGUUAACUCUACAAAAACUUCUUCCUCAGUAAGCCAUUUGCAUCUCAAGGUUCCUCUGACUGUGACUCUCAGCUCAACUGGUGGCUCUGUGAAAGGCCUUAGUCUACACACUACCCUGAGAGCCAGGGAACUACAUCUUGGAGACAAUGAGACUGUUAAUGUGACUCUAGAGUUUCUGUCUGGAAAUAGUACAUACACCUGCCUCACCAUCAGUGCCCUGACAUACCUCCUGCCCAUGAACCUACUUCCUCCGGAGUGUCCUGCAUCUGAGAAAAACAUUUCACCCUUCCACGUGGAAGUGAGCAACCAGCUGCCCACAGCAUCACAACCCUGCUACAGUUUACACUCUGAGAAUGACCCUACACUCACAGUCAUGUUAACACAGGAGGAGCAGAGUGUGGCAGUGCGUCAUCUGUUGGAAGUCAGUGUGUGUCUGCUCGCAGUUUGUUUGAUGCUCUGUUUAGCUGCUAGUCUGACACAUUCACAAAAUCGCCGUUACCCAUGGAAUGGACUGGAUCUACAAAAUGACCCACUGAUUGACACGUGAACAUUCCUCAAAGAGAAGAGCCAUAUAUAUCACUGCUUUCAAAGGGGCCAACUUCAGGAACAUGCAGUACUAAAUCAGUGGAGCAUCCUUGUUAUGGGAGACUGAAAUUUUAUACAAUAUCCAAGUGAGACAUAUGAUUGUGAUAAAGAAGGAGUUUUGCUAUUGGACCAUGGUGUAAUGGGAGCAACUCUUCAACUGAAAAUGCCUACACUGUUGACUGGUCAUACAUUCACUCCCCAGUCUGUUGAAUUUCCUUGUUUACUACAGUUCCAACAUUUGUCAGAAUCAUUCUCAGUAACUUGUAGAUAAUAGACAUUGCCUGGCUACAUUCAGCUGUGUGAGGGUUUAAUAUACUGAGAAUGAGUGUUUUUCUAGCUCAAAAUAUAAAUUUAAUAUUGUUUUAAAUUGAAAGGUGUAGUAUAAUAUACUCGAUUCCUAACAGGUGUACUAGGUUAAUUUGCUAAUUUGAAACACUGAAAUAGUUAUAGCUCUUACUGUUUGUUGAUGUUGUUGAUUCGUUGUUUAGUUCCUAUGACACAGGCCAUUUGUUAAAGGUGGAGUAAGCCAUUCUGAAGGCAGACUUAAUAUUUGAACUCAACAGAAGUGCUCCAUAAGAAGCCAAAACACAGCAGAGAAAACUAGCAAGAUUUAGUUGUUUAGAUUGUUUGUUUUUACAAACCUAUGGUGUUUUUAGGUCUUCUUGGCUGUAUAAUCUUUUGCAUGUUGUAUGGACAAAUAUCAUAAUACAGAACAAACAACGAGACAGCACUGUCACAACAGUUGCUGCUGCAAAGCUAACAUGCCAAGAGGAUGAGAUGGUUUUCCAAAGCCAGCACACCCACUGUAGACAGUGAUACUCACAGCUCUCCUGCUGCUAUAGCUAACAUCACACCAACAUCUUGACAAACUAGAAAGUAGGCCUAAUGUCUGUGGGCAAGUAAUUUAACAUUACACACAAGGACAGCUGGUGGACUGCAGGGAGAUAGUUACUGAAUUUGGCAAAAAGUGCAUUGAAUUGGAAUCGCUGACUAUACCUUUAAGUAACAAAGAAAAAAACUGCACAUUAAGCACAGUAAAGUGUGUGCAUGAAAAAUACCAGUGUUAUGAACUGAGCUAUCCUCCAGACACCGUGAAUAACUGAGUCAGUUCAGGAUUUUCUGCUCUAGUAACUCAGAAACAGGUGAUUGCUGUCAAGAGGGCAUGACUGUUUACAAACAGUAUUUACUUUGUUUCAGCAGGAAUGAAACAUUAAUGGUGAAAAAUAUAAAUACUUGUUUUCUGUUGAAAAUGUGACUGGAGUUAAUGUUUUCUUGGAGUGUCUUUUUGCAAGUAACCUAACCUUUGAUUUGAAGUUCUGCUAAGUGAAAGAAAGCUUCACACACACAUACACACACACAAAAUACUGGUAUUAAUAAACAUUUGUACUUA